AGUUUAGAAGAAGUUGUUUUACGUUUGAACCCCUUGAGCCACCAUAUCUACGUACAAAGUGGCGGGCGUGUAUGUGUAGCUAAGCUAACUUGUGCAAUAAAAAAAUAAAAACGUAUUUUUAAAAAGAAAUUAAAUAAAGGACGUGUUUCAAUGGAAAGUGCUAAAUACGUGUCUCAGAAAAUCAGCAGGACGAGAUGGCGUCCAGUCUCGUAUUCGUCUUUACAGCAGCCCGAUAUAUUUGCAACUGGAUCGUGGGACAACGAGAACAAUAAAGUUUCUGUUUGGUCCAUUGGGAAUCCAGGUGGUUCUGGUUUGGAAGAUGGAUUUGAAGGAGAACCGCAGCUCAUCUGUGAAUAUAAGCAUGAUGGGGAUGUUCUUGAUCUCCAGUUUUUGGACCAAGAGCGAGUCGUCACAGUAUCGUCAACAGGAGCAGUCACCAUCUUCCGCCACCAUCAAAACAGCCAGACGAUCUCAGUUUCUCAGCAGUGGGCCAGAGCACACUGGUACCCCUGCGACAACGCUCCCAGCACUGGAGUCGCCUGCAACAGUCCUGAAAUUGUAUCGGUUGGGGAAGACGGCAGGAUUAUUGUCUUCAGAGCCGACCAGGAAGGAGUGGUUCGAGUCAUAGAGAAUGCAGACAGUAGCACGCUUAAUGCUGUGACUUACCUGAGGACAACAGAGGUUUUGACGGUGAACUCUAUUGGCCAGCUGAAGCUGUGGGAUUUGAGGCAGCAGAGCAACACACCUUCACAGAUUCUAUUAUUGUCGGGAGAUAGAGUACCUUUAUACUGUGUUGACAGACAUCCCAACCAACAGCACAUCGUGGCCACAGGAGGUCAGGAUGGGAUGCUCUGUGUCUGGGAUGUGAGACAAGGCAACAUGCCCUUGUCUCUCAUGGAGGCACACUCAGCUGAAAUGUGGGAGGUUCACUUCCACCCUACAAACCCAGAUCAUCUGUUCACGUGUUCAGAGGAUGGCUCGCUGCUACACUGGGAGACUUCCUCCCCAUCAGAAAUGCCCUCAUUUUUACAAGGCGGCGGAAACAGCAGCAUGACCUCCCGCAGCGCGAUGGCCCCCGCUGGAGGUAAUCAGUCCAUCAUCAGCGCCUGGCUCCGCGGAGACUCCAGUAAAUCCCGCCUGGAAACGACUCACAUGCUCCCCAGCCAGACGCUGUCUGUCAACAGCUUGGAUGUGCUGGGGCAGUGUCUUAUCUGUGGGACUGAUGGAGAGGCAAUUUUUGUCAACAGACAGGUCCCAGUUUAAGAGAGCUGCUUGUGUUUGCAAAAAAUUAUGUUGAUGAAGAUGUUAUUUUCCUAAUUUCGGGCUCAACAGGGCCUGGUAUGGUCUUAUGGUCUUUGAUAUUGUAUUUUCAUUGCGCAAGUUGCCAAAACACAGCUUAAGACCCUUUUUUUAAUUAGUAUACAUGACUACCAUUCAUAGCUGACUUGCAUUUGCAGUGAUAGAUUAUUAUAAAUGAAUGAUUUUUGUACACCAGAAACACAGAAGUAUUCCAUUUGCAAAUACAUUUUGUACAGAUUACUUACAAAAGGAAUAAAUAAAAAAUAAUUUAAUAUUUCAAAAUA